AUGUUCCUGCCUCUCCAGUCUAAGAAUACCUCGCCCAGCAGUGUCGAACCCCUGUCUGAACCGAGGCGUGUCCACCUCUACUGUACGCAGUACCGGCAGCCGCGCAGCUCUCUCGAUGUUUAUAUUAUCGCGCUCAGUGCCCCACCCUACGAAUUCAUUGCCCACCUACGCAUUGUAACUCCGGACCGGGCUGAUUUUGGCGUUCCGGAGCUGAUGAAGCUGGCUAAAUUGCCAAACCUAGGAGUGCUUGAGAUCAUCGAACGCGCACCGGAUCGUGCUCCAUGGGACCAGCUAAGGCUUAAUGAGGGGAUGCAUGGGCAGAGUGCAGACGCUUAUCUCGACCCGCAGCAGGUCAGCGAUCGACUGGUCAGGGGCUGGAGUCUGACGCGACCAGAUCCGUUUCCGGCUCUGCGCGUGCUCCGGCUUUGGGGAUGCAGUGGUUACAUAUUAACUCCAGCGUGCCUGCAGAAUGCAGUGAAAUUUCCGUUGUUGGCGCUCACAGUUGUGUCCGUCCAGUACAACAACCGUCAGGCCACGCCGGACACAUGGUCAGAUGCCUUGCUGACUGCUUCGGCGUCCGGCUGGACUGGUCUUUCCCUCUCGAGGCAAAGCUCCCAGUACAGCAUUGCGACAGAGGUACCGCAUAAGAGCCCGGAUCCGUAUAUUUUGACACUCAACAUGGUCGAGGAUCACACUACACCGGUGGAAGCUCUACACUGGGGUUCGCACCUGUAUUCGUUUGUAGCUAAGACGGCUUACGAUGGCCGUCAGUUUGAAGAUGGCUUCCUAGCGGCAGCUGCAACUGAGCCCCUUAAAGAUCAUUUCGCGUUGUUGAGCUUGGGAAGCGACCAGGGCUCCAGGAACGACACCAUCUCUAGACAAGGAGACAACGCGUUUUGUUUCAUCCGGGCGCGUGAUGACAAACCUUCGCAAGCGGAUUUCAAGACGCGGAGAAAGACAGCCACGGAUUCAGUUCUGUCGAAUGGCCAACGCCGCAAGAUACAGGAGCAGUUGCAGCCACCUGCAAAAAAGGCUAAGGGAGGGAGGAGCAUCGGGAGCAUGCUGGACGACUUUCUUGCGUAG